AUGAAUUCCGUGCAAGGACCAGUUGUGUGCCCUUCUGUCCGUGCCAAGCAAGUAGGGUUCUGCAGCAUUCCGAUGAUUGGGGCGGUGAAAAUGAAUGUUAGACGCAUUAGAAGUGAAUUUUGGGGUCUCAGUGGCGUUAAGGCUAAACCCGGUUUUCUUUCUUGCCGUAUAAACGCGCCAAAGUCCAAGACUGUGCAUUGUAAUUUAAACUCACCCUCCAAUGACAGCGGAAGUACCGCCGAUAAUUUCAAUGAAAAAGAUGAAGACUAUGUUACUUCUAGUGUGAUUGAAGCUGUUGAGGUGAAGAGUGGAGCAGAUGGUUUCAUAAUCAAAAUGAGGGACGGAAGACACUUAAGAUGCAUCCAUAACAAUCCUCAGGGAGGACAUCUUCCAGAUUAUGCACCACAUCCUGCUAUUGUAUUGAAGAUGGAAGAUGGGACUGGUCUACUUCUCCCUAUAAUUGUUUUGGAAAUGCCGAGCGUCUUGCUAAUGGCAGCAAUACGCAAUGUUCCCAUAGCCAGGCCUACUUUGUAUCAAGUAGUAAAGGAGAUGAUUGACAAGAUGGGUUAUGAAGUUAAACUUGUCAGAGUUACUCGGAGAGUUCAUGAGGCAUACUUUGCCCAGUUAUAUCUUACAAAGGUUGGAAAUGCCGCAGACUUUGUGAGCUUUGAUCUACGGCCGUCAGAUGCUAUCAAUAUUGCAGUAAGAUGCAAGGUUCCAAUACAAGUCAACAAGUACCUGGCAUACAGUGAUGGUAUGAGAGUAAUUGAAUCAGGCAAAUUGUCAACACAGUUUCCUGGUAUGGAUGGCAGAUUAUUCACUGAAAUGGACCGGCCAAGUGGUCAACCUUGUGUUGAAACCACGGAGUUCAAUCUUUUGCACAACAUGUUGAAAGCUGUUGUUGAAGAGCGCUACAAGGAUGCUGCUUUGUUCAGGGACAAACUUAAUCAACUUAGGGCGGGAAAAAACACGAAUAACAGGUAUGAUGAGGCUCUUAUUUGA